UUCCGGGCCUCGAGCCCCCCGCGCGCCGCCUCGGGACCGCGCUCGCUCGUACGCGCGCUCGCCCGCCUGCCCGCCAGCCACCCAGCGGGUCCCCUCAGCGCGCGCUCGGCGGCCCGACGACGCGGGAGCCGCACGCGCCGGACGAAGCUCGCAGCGCUCCCUGUCGCCCAGCGCGGGCCGCUGAGCCGGCGCCCUCGGUUUCCGGCCCGGACACGGUCACGGCCGCCGAAUCUGCAGCCCCAGAGCAGCGGCACCGCGGCGGAAAAAAUGAAGAAUGAAAUUGCUGCCGUUGUCUUCUUUUUCACAAAGCUAGUUCGAAAACAUGAUAAGUUGAAAAAAGAGGCAGUUGAGAGAUUUGCUGAGAAAUUGACUCUAAUACUUCAAGAAAAAUAUAAAAAUCACUGGUAUCCAGAAAAACCAUCAAAAGGACAGGCUUACAGAUGUAUUCGUGUCAAUAAGUUUCAGAGAGUUGAUCCUGAUGUCCUAAAAGCCUGUGAGAACAGCUGCAUCUUGUAUAGUGACCUGGGUUUGCCAAAGGAGCUCACUCUCUGGGUGGACCCAUGUGAGGUGUGCUGUCGGUAUGGAGAGAAAAACAAUGCAUUCAUUGUUGCCAGCUUUGAAAAUGAGGAUGAGAACAAGGAUGAGAUCUCCAAGAAAGUUACCAGGGCCCUUGAUAAAGUUACAUCUGAUUAUCACUCGGGAUCCUCCUCUUCAGAUGAAGACACAAGUAAAGAAGUGGAAGUGAAACCCAGUUCUGUGACUGCAGCCCCAAGCCCAGUGUACCAGAUUUCAGAACUGAUAUUCCCACCUCUUCCAGUGUGGCACCCUUUGCCCAGGAAAAAACCAGGAAUGUACCGAGGAAAUGGCCAUCAGAGUCACUAUCCUCCUCCUGUUCCAUUUGGUUAUCCAAAUCAGGGAAGGAAAAAUAAACCAUAUCGCCCAAUUCCAGUGACAUGGGUACCUCCUCCUGGAAUGCAUUGUGACCGGAAUCACUGGAUUAAUCCUCAUAUGUUGGCACCUCACUAGCUCCUUUUGAUUCUGAGUGUCAUAUUGAGAGAAAGGUAGAAUAUACCUUACUACACAUUAAAAGUUCAAAGUUCAUACUCAGUAGUGAAGUUAGAUGGACCAAAACCAUCAAACUUAUUUUUAUAGAGAAGUUAUUGAGAAUAAUCUUUCUUAAAAAAAUAUUAUAUAUGCACUUUAGAUAUAUUGAUAUAGUUUGAGAAACUUUAUUAAAGUUAGUCAAGUGCCUGAGUUUUUAAUAUUGGACUUGAGUAUUUAUAUAUUGUGCAUCAACUCUGUUGUAUACAAAAACACUGUAGGAGUGGACAAUUUGUUCUAGCACCUUUAAGCAUUUACUUUAUGGAGAGUAUGUAAGUUAUUUAUAUACAAGGAAAUCUAUUUUAUGUCAUUCUUUAGAAAAAUUGCGUGAAAUCAUGUAGUUGCAAAUAAAAAGUAGUUUGAGGCA